GCGCGACCAUGGCCGGAGGCCGGGACCGCGGGGACUUGGCGGCCAGGCAGCUAGUGUUCCUACUUCCAGAAUAUUUAAAAGAUGCCUCGAAGAAGAAGAGCGGCCUCCUGUUUGCAAAGCUGGUCAACCCGCACUCAGGGGAUGGAGCCACUUACUUAAUUGAUAUGUGUCAACAGCAGCUGUUUGAAAUAAAAGUUUUCAAGGAAAAACACCAUUCUUGGUUUAUAAAUCAAUCAGUUCAAUCAGGGGGCCUUAUCCACUUUGCCACACCCAUGGAUCCAUUGUUCCUGCUCCUUCACUAUCUCCUAAAGGCUGGCAAAGAGUUUGGUGUCAGGUGCUGGCUUCAUGAAGUGACUUUGGCACUGUUCCUUCUUUCAGUCUUGUGCAAUAAUUUGAGGAACAGUGAAGCUCCUUCUUUGGCACUGUAUGAACAUUCGGCAACUGAUCACCUGGGUCGUGUUUCAGUUGGGAGACAUUUUAUAACUGCUGCAGUCUUUUGCUUACAAAUUAAUUUUACUUGUAGAUCUGUUCUGUUGUGUAUAUUGUCUUGGUUUGACUUUGAAGUGAACAGCAAGAUGUACUAUAAGUACAGCUCAGAGAAGACUUUGAAGUGGCUGGAGAAGAAGGUCAACCAAACUGUGGUGGCAUUAAAAGCCAAUAAUGUCACCGUUGGAGCCCGGGUGCAGUCAUCUGCAUAUUUCUCUGGUGUUCAGGUUUCCACAGACAAGGAAGAAGAUUAUGUUCGAUAUGCCCAUGGUUUGAUCUCUGAUUACAUCCCUAAAGACUUAAGCGAUGAUUUAUCCAAGUUCUUGAAGCUUCCAGAACCUCCAGCUUCACUGCCAAACCCUCCAGCAAAGAAACUAAAGUUAUCAGAUGAGCCUGUAGAAGCAAAAGAAGAUUACACUAAGUUUAACAGUAAAGACUUGAAGACCAGCAAGAAAAAUAGCAAAAUGACUGCAGCUCAGAAGGCUUUGGCUAAAGUUGACAAAAGCGGAAUGAAAAGUAUCGAUGCCUUUUUUGGUGCAAAAAAUAAAAAAUCUGGAAAGAUUUGAAGCAUCGAAAAUAAAAUCCAGUGAAGCAGAAACAGAAGCUUGCCUCUUGCCUAGUCUUGUCUUGUCUCUUCUUGCCGCUGCCCUGACCCUAAGUCACUACGCUGAGAACCAAGGUGCUUUCGCAUCCUGCAGACACUUGCUGCCCUGUGACUUUGUGCCUGACAAACACAACCAUUGUGGGAAAGUGAUUGUGUGAACUGCUGUCCGGGGCCUUUGGGCCGUUUGCCAUAAUGAGAAGCCAUCAAGUGCACGGGUCACCGAGUCACAGCUUCCCCAGGGAGGUGUGAGCGGUGUUCGGGUAUUCCCUGCUCUGUCCUGCGUGGCUUUAGCUG